CCCUGGCCGGACGAGAAGAAAGUAUCUGCUCCUCUGAGGGGGGAAAGAAGGAGCUGGAGACAGAUUGUGGGAACGAACGCGGGCGGGCGGGAGGCGACGGAGCUACCAGCGGGUGAGUUCUUUUAACAUUAACUAGUCCAUGAUCUGGCGGAGUCUCUCUUUCAACUCUGGCCACUCUCAGUGUCCCAGGCCGGGGUCUGCCCUCCCAGUCGGUGUUGGACGGGGGUGCUGAGGCGGUGGCCAGGCCCUGUCUGAGGAAGUGGGUGGGGCAUGGACUAAUGCCGACCAAUAAAAGAGAAGGAAGCUACGAUUGGCGGCGAUGAACACUAAUGAGAGAUCGUCUUUACCUUGCGGAGUGCCGCCCCUCUUCUCUGCGUCCUACCGCCUCCUUCCUCUGGGGGAGAAGGCGGGGCCAGAGGCCUGAAGUGUGGGGAGAACUUGGGCUCCGCUCUGCUAUAUGAAAUAUGGGAGACGACAGACCAUUUGUGUGCAAUGCCCCGGGCUGUGGACAGCGAUUUACAAACGAGGACCACCUGGCAGUUCAUAAACACAAGCAUGAGAUGACAUUGAAAUUUGGCCCAGCCCGAACUGACUCAGUCAUCAUUGCAGAUCAGACUCCUACUCCGACUAGAUUCCUGAAGAAUUGUGAGGAGGUGGGGCUCUUCAAUGAAUUAGCUAGCUCCUUUGAACAUGAAUUCAAGAAAGCUGCAGAUGAGGAGGAAAAAAAGGCUGCUGCUGGGCCCCUUGACAUGUCUUUGCCUUCCACACCAGACAUCAAAAUCAAAGAAGAAGAGCCAGUGGAGGUAGACUCCUCCCCACCUGAUAGCCCUGCUUCUAGUCCCUGCUCCCCGCCACUCAAGGAAAAGGAGGUGGCCCUAAAGCCUGUCGUGAUCUCUACCCCCACACCUACCAUCGUGCGCCCUGGCUCCCUACCUCUCCACUUGGGCUAUGAUCCACUUCACCCGACCCUUCCCUCCCCAACUUCUGUCAUCACACAGGCUCCACCAUCUAACAGGCAGCUGGGGUCUCCCACUGGCUCCCUCCCUCUCGUCAUGCAUCUUGCGAACGGACAGACCAUGCCUGUGCUGCCGGGGCCUGCGGUACAGAUGCCUUCUGUUAUAUCGCUGGCCAGACCUGUGUCUGUGGUGCCCAACAUUCCUGGUAUCCCUGGCCCACCAGUUAACAGCAGUGGUUCCAUUUCUCCCUCUGGCCACCCUAUGCCAUCAGAAGCCAAGAUGAGACUAAAAGCCACGCUAACCCACCAAGUCUCCUCAAUCAAUGGUGGGUGUGGAAUGGUGGCGGGUACUGCCAGCACCAUGGUGACGGCCCGUCCUGAGCAGAGCCAGCUCCUCAUCCAGCACCCUGAUGCCCCAUCCCCUGCCCAGCCACAGGUCUCACCAGCCCAGCCCACUCCCAGCACGGGAGGGCGACGGCGACGCACAGUGGAUGAAGAUCCUGAUGAACGGCGGCAGCGUUUUCUGGAGCGCAACCGGGCUGCAGCCUCCCGCUGCCGUCAAAAGCGGAAGCUCUGGGUGUCCUCCCUCGAGAAGAAGGCAGAGGAACUCACUUCUCAGAACAUUCAGCUGAGUAACGAAGUCACGUUGCUACGCAAUGAGGUGGCUCAGUUGAAACAGCUACUGUUAGCUCAUAAAGACUGCCCGGUUACUGCACUACAGAAAAAGACCCAAGGCUAUUUAGAAAGCCCCAAAGAAAGCUCAGAGCCGACGGGUUCUCCAGCCCCUGUGAUUCAGCACAGCUCAGCAACAGCCCCUAGCAAUGGCCUCAGUGUUCGCUCGGCGGCUGAAGCUGUAGCUACCUCGGUCCUCACUCAGAUGGCCAGCCAAAGGACAGAACUGAGCAUGCCGAUACAGUCGCAUGUGAUCAUGACCCCACAGUCCCAGUCUGCGGGCAGAUGAUGCCUCCCCUGGUGGAGAGGUCCCCAGUCAGAGCUCGCCCGCCCGAGAGCCAAGAGAGAUGUCAUCUUAUCGCCUCCCGUCUGCCUUGGACAUGGCAACAUGGGGGGGGGGAAAUUGUGUGUUGUGAGUAACGGACAGAUGCGGGGCUUUUCAGCCACAUGGUCAUGUACAUUAAUACCUGUACUAGGAGCCUCCCAGCCCCAGAGCCACAUAGAUCAUCCCCUACGGGGGCAGUUUCUGAUGCACCCACAGCCAAAGGCCUUUCCAGAUGGUCCGAACAAUCACCCCUGCCCGUGCAUGUGUACCUGUCUCUUUUAACACUAACCCUUGCACUGCUAGAUUUUGGGUUUCUCAGUUCCCUCUCUUCCCACUAAGCCAUGGCUGUUACCUUCCUGUUCCUUAGCAGCACGCCACUUCCUGCUAGGUAGAGGGAGGCUAGUAUUGAUGGCAGGUCACCCGCUGGCCCGCCCCAGCCACCCAGUGGGCUCAGGACUUGAUCUCCCAUUAAUUGCUUAUUUUAUCCCUUUACCCCCUUCCUGAAGUCUAGUUCAAACAUUCAUUUAUGGCGAAUGUAAAAUUACCCUUGAUGUAUGAAUUAGCAGUAUUUUCCAGCUCUUCCAUAAACUUUAGUCCUUCUCCCUACCUGCCACCAAAAAAACCCAAAAACAAACAAAAAAAACAAAGCAAAAAGAAAGAAACAAAACCCCAAGAAUUUUAGUCCUUUUUCAGCUAUUUCCAGAGCUAUUUGGGUCUCUCGUUUUGUGUCUUGAGUUUUCUCAGUCUACUGGUGGGGCCCUUUCCACCUACCACUAAGCCUUGGCAAGAUCAUCUUGUGGCCUUAUUAGCUCUUGCUCGUUGGUGAAAAGGGAAAGUGCCCCAGGUGUGACUGGCUGACCCGCCUCCUCCGCAGUCCACCCUCCUGCAGUGAUCAUUAGGGCAGGCAGGAACAGGAGAGUUUGACGCUCGUUCUGUCAGGUUACUGGAUUGAUUCUUUAUGUCUUAAAAGAGUUAUACUGGCCAAAGCAUACAUAACUCCUUUUGGUCGUCUGUCCGCACCUGCCUCUCCCUCUUUGUUCCCCUGCCCGGGUCACUGCCUCUGUCUCUCUCCAGGUGCAGCCCUCUGGAGCUGUUGUGUAGGGCACUCUUGCACUUCCUUGCUCUUCUCCCAUCUCCCAGCCUCACCCAGCUGUCUUCUUUUCCGGGCUAGGGUCUUCUGUUCACAAGUGUCCCUCACCCUGGAUCUCCCUUCUCUCGUUCACCAGGCUCCUAGGCUAGCCACUAGGUCUCUCUGCUCCUGUAGUAUUUCUUCAGCUCUCCUCUGCUUUCUGCCCCCCUAGAUGCAGUGUGUCCCCAGAGGCCUGGCCCCAGGACUCUGAGGCAUCAGAGCCAGGGUCCUGAGUGGGUUUUCUUGAGGAUGAGGUAGGAUGGGAAGAGGCAGGAAAGAGGAGGCGCAGUAUUGAUCUCAGCAGAAGACCCCUGUUUGGUGAAGGUCUGGCCUGCCUGGGAAAUUGGUGACUAUUGCUCUCAGCCAUUCUUACUGUGAGGAGUUAGGUUACAGGGGGAGAAAUUCAUCCCUCUUGUCCCUCUUUCUUCCCCAUUAAGACUUCUCAUCUUCCUUUGGCUCUGAACUAUGCAGUUUCUACCAGGGCCAUAGGAAGCAAUCCAAAGCCAGAGGCCUGUGGAUAGAUAGGUCAGCUUUAAUAGCCUGUCAGUAUGAAUCCCUUCCAGUUGUCCCAGAGCCACCUUCUGCCAUCUGCCCAAGCCAAGAAUGUCCUUUUCUCCCUCUCUCCUACCUCCAUCUUAAAUUUACAUACAGAAUAACUGCCAGCUUCCUUUCUUAGUUUGUCUUCCAGAAUUGGCUGUCAUGGGGGAAUGAGGGAACGUUCUAAGCUGCAAGAUUCCCAUCUUCAUAGAUGAUACACUGGUGAGCCAGGCAGAGGACAUGUUCUAUUGCGUCUGUUUUAAUUUCCCCUCCUGCUUUUCAGAGCCGGUGCUGAGCAAGACACACCUGGUGAAGAGAAAGGAGAGAAAACAUGAUUUUCUCAUCCUCUACCACCCGGGACCCAACAGGAACAGCCCCUGAGGUGACUCAGUCUAGCAAAUGGCAUGGCAGAUGGUCAGGAUGCCACUUACCACCUCCAGGGACUUCAUUUGCCUUUAACAGUUCACAGCCAUAACUUGUACUCAGGACUUUUCCUUUAGACGGCUGUGCCCUGGGACUUCUGCUUUAGUUGUGUUUCAUUUUUUACUUUCUUGAUUUCCCACCAGCAGCCUUGCCCUAAAGCUUGACUGAGUUUAUGGCUCCUAAGGAGCCUUCGUAAGACCCUUGACUAUUUUUCUUCCCACUUUAGUCAAGUGUUUUUCAAGAUAAGAAUCCUUUUGUCACUGCACACAUGCCCUGCCUUACUGCUUGGCCUUGGAGGAAGUUUGAGUCCUGUCUGUCUGUCUGUCCCUGGGUAGGAUAGCUAAUUUAUUUAGAGGGUCUUAUUUAGUUUCUUAGUCCCCACGUCUCAUUCUCUUGAGUCCUUCAUUUUCAUUGGUAGGAAGUUAUUAGGGACCUAAAUGAGGGGCAUUGCCAGAACCUAAGUAGUAAAGCAGUAGGAAGGGGCAGGACAGAACCUCCUAGAUCACUCUUUAGGUGGUCCGUGACUAUUGCUUAUCCUGAGACUCUGUCAUAGUUAAGGGGAAUGUCACGUACCUUGUUACUGCUGCCAGCCCUGUGGCCACUCCCCUUCCCCUCUGCUUUCCAAACUCAUCUGGACCAGAACCAAACAUCAUGGAGGGUGUCACUUAGCCCUUCUUACUGACCAUGGCCUUUCUAGGGGCCUAAGGGAAGAUACUUUCUGAAAGGAGCUGGGAGUAUGGAUGCCUUGGGACUCUUCUGAGUGAACACAAGACUCCGGCCUCCCGCCUCAUCUGAGAGAGACAGCUGGUAGAUAACCAAGGCCAUAGAGAAAGGUACCAGACCAGGUUUGCAGUCUUGCAGACUUUGUCCUAGUCCUUUCAAAGAAAGCUUGCUCGGAAUUGAAAAGUCUGGGAAAGCUUCCCUCACUGCUAAAGAAAGCUAGAAAAAUAGGCCCUCCCUUACUCUUUCCCUGUUGGUUGUAUGCCCCAAAUCUGGCUUCCUUCAGCCUCCACUCCUCUCCUUGGCCCUGAGCACUAGACCAUAUACUCCUGGUAGUGGUAAACAAGGAGAUGGCCUCACUGAACCUCUUUCACCUUGCCGCCUUCCCUGUGCCUGUUCUGUUGUUCUUGGCUCCUAUCCUGAUUCACUGCCCUCCAGCACCACCCAUCCUGGUUGACGGGGUACUUAACUAUAACCAUGCCCUGUCUAUAGCCUGAACCACCAAGCAGACACCAAAAUAUUCCUCCUGUGGUUUCUGAGGCUCCCGUGCUCCACACUGAGAGGCUCCUUUAAAGGUGCUAGCCCUGAGACCGCCCUUCCCCCCGAAAGCUCCCUCUUUCUUUCAUGACUUCCUUCCCAUCCCCAAAUCAUUAUUUUUCAUUAAUAUUGUACAUUGUAUACACAGGAAGGAAAUGUAUUCUUUUUUUUUCUUUAAUUUCAUAACCAGUCCGUUUAGAAUCCAGUCCUCCUAGUUAUAUCACAUAUGCCUUUGUUGAUAUGCUCUUUCUGCUUUCUUUAGACUUUUGUUUGACAGGGGCGGAGGGAGGAACAGGACAGGCGAGGGUCCUAAGGCAGAGUAGAGGAUCCCCCUUCCUACUUCAGCCUCCCACAACCCUAACCAUCCCUCUCAUAGUAUAGAACUGAUUUCUCUCUGUUUGUGUUUGCACACAUGCAUGUACACAGACAUAAAUCCCCACCCA